UCUAUUUCGCCACCAGGGCUUUCCUGUCGGGCUCCUGCAGCCUCGCGCGGAGGCCUGCGGUGGGCCUGCGGGGCCGGGGCCGGGGCCGGGACGCUGGCACCGCGGACACACCCUGGGCUCCGCUUCCGCCCUGCGGGGUGCACGGCGCCCCCAUGCCCCGCGCCCGGCCCAGCAGCGGCCUCUGUCGCCUCUCCGCCUACCUGGAAGAGCUGGAGGCGGUGGAGCUGAAGAAGUUCAAGCUGUUCCUGGGCACCGAGGCGGAGGCGGGCCGGAUCCCCUGGGGGCGGCUGGAGGCGGCGGGGCCCCUGGACACGGCGCAGCUGCUGGUGGCACACUGCGGGCCCGACGCGGCCUGGCCGCUGGCGCUGGGCCUCUUCCAGCGCAUCAACCGGCGGGACCUGUGGGAGAAGGGCCGGAGAGAGGAGCCGGUGAGGGAUACUCCACCUGGUGACCCAUCCUCACUGGGGAGCCAGUCAGCAUGUUCUCUGGAAGUCUUUCCUGGAGCUCUAAGAAGAGAUCCCCGGGAAACGUACAGGGACUAUGUUCGCAGGAAGUUCCGGCUGAUGGAAGACCGCAACGCACGCCUAGGAGAAUGCGUCAACCUCAGCCAGAGGUACACCCCCCUCCUCCUGGUGAAGGAACACUCAAAUCCCAUGUGGGCCCAGCAGAAGCUUCUGGACACAGGCCGGGGGCAGGCGAGAACCGUGGGACACCAGGCCAGCUUCAUCCAGAUGGAGACCCUCUUCGAGCCCGACGAGGAGCGCCCCGAGCCGCCGCGCACCGUGGUCCUGCAGGGAGCAGCGGGGAUGGGCAAGUCCAUGCUGGCCCACAAGGUGAUGCUGGACUGGGCCGACGGGAGGCUCUUCCAGGACAGGUUUGAUUACCUCUUCUACAUCAACUGCAGGAAGAUGAACCAGAGCACUGAGGAGCAGAGCGCCCAGGAUCUCAUCUCCAGCUGCUGGCCUGAGCCCAGCGUACCCCUCCAGGAGCUUGUCCGAGUCCCUGAGCGCCUCCUCUUCAUCAUUGAUGGCUUCCAUGAGCUAAAACCCUCUUUCCACGACCCUCAGGGCCCCUGGUGCCUCUGCUGGGAGGAGAAACGGCCCACAGAGCUUCUUCUCAGCAGCCUGAUUCGGAAGAAGCUGCUGCCUGAGCUGUCUGUGCUCAUCACCAUCAGGCCCACGGCUUUGGAGAAACUCCACCGCUUGCUGGAGCACCCCAGGCAUGUGGAGAUCCUGGGCUUCUCUGAGGCAGAAAGGAAGGAGUACUUCUAUAAGUAUUUCCACAAUGCAGAGCAGGCCGGUCAAGUCUUCAAUUUCAUCAGGGACAAUGAGCCCCUCUUCACUCUAUGCUUUGUCCCCAUGGUGUGCUGGGUGGUUUGUACCUGCCUCAAGCAGCAGUUGGAGGAUGGGGGGCUUCUAAGACAGACAUCCAGGACCACCACAGCAGUGUACAUGCUCUACCUCUUGAGUCUGAUGCAGCCCAAGCCAGGGAGCCCAAUCCUCCAGUCCCCACCCAACCAGAGAGGGCUGUGCUCUUUGGCGGCAGAUGGCCUCUGGAAUCAGAAAAUUCUAUUUGAGGAGCAGGACCUCCGGAAGCAUGGCCUAGAUGGGGCAGAUGUCUCUUCCUUCCUCAACAUGAACAUCUUCCAGAAGGAUAUCAACUGUGAAAAGUUCUACAGCUUCAUCCACUUGAGCUUCCAGGAAUUCUUUGCUGCCAUGUACUAUAUCCUGGAUCUUGGGGAGAGCAGGUCCAGCCCAGAACACAAUGUGACGAGGCUGUUAGCUGAGUACGAGUUUUCAGAAAGGAGCUUCUUGGCACUCACUGUCCGUUUCCUGUUUGGACUCCUGAAUGAGGAGACAAGGAGCUACCUGGAGAAGAGUCUUUGCUGGAAGGUCUCACCUCACGUCAAGGUGGAGCUGCUGGAGUGGAUCCAAAGGAAAGCUCAGAGCGAGGGUUCCACUCUGCAGCAGGGCUCCUUGGAGCUCUUCAGCUGUCUGUAUGAGAUCCAGGAGGAGGAUUUCAUCCAACAGGCCCUGAGCCCCUUCCAAGUGGUAGUGGUCAGCAACAUUGCCACCAAGAUGGAACACAUGAUUUCCUCCUUUUGUGUGAAGAACUGUAGGAGUGCCCUGGUGCUGCACUUGCAUGGGGCUGCCUACAGCCCGGAUGAAGACGAUGGGGGGAGAUGGGCUUCAGGGCCCCAGAUGCUACCGACACAGAUACCCGAGAAGAACGUUUUGCCAGAUGCCUACAGCAAACAGCUUGCUGCCGCUCUGAGCACCAACCCGAAUCUGACAGAGCUGGUUUUGUACCGCAACGCGUUGGGCAGCCGGGGGGUGAGGCUGCUGUGUCAGGGGCUCAGACACCCCAGCUGCAAACUUCAAAACCUGAGCCUGAAGAGGUGCUGCGUGGCCAGCUCCGCCUGCCAGGACCUUGCGGCUGCCCUGAUGGCCAAUCAGAAUCUAAGGAGGAUGGACCUGAGCAGCAACAAGCUGGGGCUGCCAGGCCUGAGAGCACUCUGCAAGGGGCUCCGGCAUCCCAGAUGCAAGCUGCAGGUGAUCCAGUUGAGGAAGUGUCAGCUGGAAGCGGAGGCUUGCCAGGAGAUUGCCUCUGUGCUCAGCACCAGUCGACAUCUGGAGGAGUUGGACCUGACUGGAAAUGCUCUGGAGGAUUUGGGUCUGAAGCUCUUAUGUCAAGGCCUGAGACACCCAGUCUGUAGCCUGCAGAUCCUGUGGUUGAAGAUUUGCCAUCUCACUGCUGCUGCCUGCGAGGACCUUGCCUCGACCCUGGGUGUGAACCAGAGCCUGAUAGAGCUGGAUCUGAGCCUCAAUGACCUGGGGGACCCCGGGGUGCUGCUGCUAUGUGAAGGCCUCAGGCAUCCCCAGUGCAGACUCCAGACCCUCCGGUUGGGCAUUUGCAGGCUCAGCUCGGCAGCCUGCAAGGGUCUCUGCACGGUGCUGCAGGUCAAUCCCUGCCUCCGGGAGCUGGACCUGAGCUUCAAUGACCUGGGGGAUGCGGGCAUGUGGCCGCUCUGCGAGGGGCUGCGUCACCCCACCUGCAGACUCCAGAAACUGUGGCUGGAUAGCUGUGGCCUCACUGCCAAAGUGUGUGAGGAUCUUUCGUCUGCCCUCGGGGUGAGCCAGACCCUGAGGGAGCUUUAUCUGACCAACAAUGCCCUGGGGAAUGCAGGGGUCAGGCUGCUCUGCAAAGGACUGAGUCAUCCCGGCUGCAAACUUCAAGUCCUCUGGUUAUUUGGAAUGGAGCUGAAUAAGAUGACCCACAGGAGACUGGCAGCGCUUCGAGUAGUGAAACCUCAGCUGGACAUCGGUUGCUGAAUGGUUCUAGCCGCCGGCUCUUCUCUUGGAGUCAGGACAGAGGAAGGGGAAAUCCCAGGACCCUCUGGCCAGCGUGAUGAUCAGGCUCUUUUAUCUCCUCCAAACUCCCAUGCAGGAUAAAUCCAGAGCUUCAGGACUUUGUCAACGAGUGGUCAAGUGUGGAGCAUUAGUGUUGGGAAGGCGAGUGUCAUGGAGAGAACUUAAGGGGGGGCUCUGGGUGAUCCUUGAGCAGGGAUUCUCAAAGGAGGGUGGACUUGCACUUCUCUCCCUCCCUGCGACACGUGGUGGUGUCAGGAGACAUUGGGGUGGUGGUGGUGGAGCUGCCCACUCCAGUGGUGGAGGCCAAAGAGUCUCCUAAAUAUCUGAGCAAUGCACAAAACAGCUCUCCUGCAGCAGUGAUUAGCUUCAAUGACAUUUGAGGCUGGAUUGAGGAACCUUGUUCUCAAGGACCAGUGGUGCUAUGAGAGUGCUAGGCCAUCUUGUGUGCCUUAGGAUACUGGUCAUGCCAAGGGCCCCACCCCAUGCCCUUGCAGUCUCAUUUUGCAUGUGGUUCUACCCCCUGGCUGGAGGCAGGUGCACCGUGGAUGGACCUCUUGCCAGGGUUAGUGGACUGCAGGCUGGCCAAUAACCUGUGUCAUACUUUGGACUUGAACCGAUUUUUUUUUUUAAGAUUUUAUUUAUUCAUGAGAGACACACACAGAGGCAGAGACACAGGCAGAGGGAGAAGCAGGUUCCAUGAAGGGAGCCUGAUCUGGGACUCCAGGAUCACGCCCUGGACCGAAGGCGGUGCUAAACCUCUGAGCCAUCCCGGCUGCCCUCAAACCCAGAUUUUUAACCCAGUUGGGAGAUUGCAACCAGGGAACCUCAGCCCCAGCCAGUGAUUGGCUAGAAACCUGAGGCCACUGUGAGCAUGCCCUACUGAAGCCAUUGGGCGCAGAUGUCUGGAAAGACCAGAACUUCCUAGGAAGCAGAGGCCAUUUGUAGAGGAAAAGGUGACCCUGCCACCCAUGGAAUUCUGGGAAAGGAAAUAAAUUCGAUUCUGCAGAAGAUAUGCCUGUGGGCAGCAAUAAAGGUCCCUCCAAUAGCGACAGCACACUGGACUCCUUGAAACCAAGCCCUUCGUUACGGGGCCCUUGGCAGCUGUCAGACCUGUGUGCCACCUGCUUGUGAAGCAGUGCCUCGCGACCUAGGCCCUCCGCUGGAGCUGGGGAGACGUGGCUGACAAGGAAAGCCAAUAAGGCCUGUGGGCACGUCUUACUACAGUGUAAGGAAGCCUUCCUAGAGUUGGGGGGAGGUGUUCCUGGUCUAAUAAGGCUAAGGGGUGGGUGGGGUCGUUCCCCCAGCCGGACCGCUCAUUUUGGGUAGUGCAUUGCAGUGCGUUUGUGGAGACGGAGACUGCUCUCAGGACCAGUGAGGCUUGUUCUGAGGUCAUGAACAGCCAUUCCCAAUAAAACCUCUUAAAAACCAGUAGCCAAGGCAGCCCCCAUGGGUCAGCGGUUCAGCGCCACCUGCAGCCCGGGGUGUUCCUGGAGACC